ACAAGUUGAAAUUUGCGAUCGAUUUUGAGAAAAUUAGCUGAAUCUUCCUCUUUAAUCUGUAAAUCUGGUAAAUCUAGUGUGAAUUCAGUAAAUAAACUAUGGAAGCAAUCAAGACCAAUCCGGCGGUGGAUCAAGAACUUGUCAAAGUGAAACGAGAGGUUAUGAUCGACGACACUGUUCCAGAGUCGGUUCCUGAAAAGUCGCCAGACCCCGAUCCGAGCUACGGGACCGGUGACGAUUCAAGUUCCGAUGAAUCGGAGGACAUUGACGAGGGCGAUGAUAGCAAACUUUGUACUCUGGCUGAUAAAAGUGCCAAAUUCACCUGCGAAGAGUGCGGCCGGAGCUAUUCCACCGACGGAUAUCUGCGCAAGCACCGGGCAAGAUGCAACAAGCCAGUCUACCAUCCGUGUCACCUGUGCGAGAAGGUGCUGACCACUAGCCAAGAGCUCCGGUAUCACCUGAACGAACACAGCGGCGAGAGGCCGUACGUUUGCCGACAAACGCCGGGUUGCCUGGAGGCGUUCCCUCAUCCCCGGUUCCGGGUGAUGCACGAGCAUCGCUGUGGCGGCGGACCGGAACACCAGGAACCGGUCGAGCAGGACGAGGUCGUUGUGGACGGUAUGGUGAAGCUGAUGUGCAGCCGGUGUGGCAAGCUGUGCAAGACGCCGGGACUGUUCCGGAGGCAUAAGAGGAAUUGCUUCGCGCGGAAGAGCUGCCACCUGUGCGAGAAGGAGUUCAAGUCAGUUCAGUCGUUGGAGUAUCAUCUGAACUGGCAUACCGGCGAUAAACCGUACAAGUGCCAGGUGGGUUGCGACAAGUCCUUCAUUAAUCCGCACCACCGGCGGAGGCACGAGAAGAUGUGCGGACCGGUUGUGGUGCGGGAUGGGGAGGAAGCGGAUCCGACGAAGAUCUACGCGUGUGAUCAGUGCAAUAUGAAGUACGGGAUGAUGGGACACUUGCUGCGACAUAAGCGGGCCUGCCACAAUGACGAUCCGACGGAGGGUUUCGUUUGUCCCGUUUGUAAGAUGGAAUUUAAGAAAGCCACCCGAUUGAGGUAUCAUCUCUACGAGCAUACCGGCGAAAAACCGUUCAAAUGCUACAACGAAGGCUGCUCGGAAGCGUUCACGACUCCGAUGCGUCGGCACGAGCACAACGUCACCUGUGGCCGCUCGUUGGAUCACUACCGGUGCGACGUGUGCAACAUGGCACUGAAAACGGCCAACGGUCUACGCAUCCACAAGCUGACCCACAAGGAACCUACGCUCGAGUGUAAAAUCUGCGGCGCCGGAUUUCAUCACGAGUUUAGAUUGCGGAAUCACAUGAAAAAGAGCCACCCGGAAGCGGAUAAACCAGUCGAGCCAGAGCCCGAACCUAAGCGUAUUAAACUAGAACCCGGGUUGGGGCAUCAGGAAGUGGUUGAGCCUCUUCCGGUGCAAAUUCCCACGCCGGAACAUCCCUGCCCCCAGUGCAAGCGUACCUUCACCUCCGAAACAAAAGUCAAACAGCACCUAGAGUUUUGUUUCAAGUAUUGUCACCUUUGUCCGGCCAAGUUUCACACCGCAUAUGAAUACAACUUCCAUCUGGCGAUGCACAAAGGAGAGUUGAACUUUGAAUGUCGCAAGUCUUGCGGCAAAAAGUUCUACGAACCCAGAGACCGCAACAACCACGAGAAGGAUUGCGGAACUGCCGACCCCAACCAGACGGACAAACCAUCCGCGGCUAAGGUUCUCUCGUGCGAUCACUGCAACAAGUCCUACUCCUCGGCGGGCUUUCUGCUACGUCACAAGCGACUCUGCAACAACCCGCUGCCCACAAUCGGCGAUGUGUGGAACUGUCCGCACUGCCCGAAAACGUUCACCCGUUCCGAUGCGAUGCGGUACCACGUGAACCAACACACCGGCGAAACGCCCUUUCCGUGCCGCACCAAGGACUGCAGCGCCGCUUUCGGCAAUCCGGCGGCACGGCAAACGCACGAACGCGCCUGUGGCGCCGACCUUACGCAGUGUCCGAUCUGCAACAAGGUGCUCAAGACGGCAACGUAUCUGAAAACGCACAUGGAACACCGUCAUGCGGCGCCGCGAUACGAGUGUCCGGACUGCGGGAAGAUGUGCCCUACUAGCCAUAAUCUUAAAGCGCACCAAAAGCGGAAGCAUCGACUAAAAGAAGAGUCGUCCACAGCGCUUGAAUCGAUCAUCUCCAUUAAGGAAGAGCAGAUCCAGUCGGACGAUGACGAAGAAAUAGUUGGAAUUUGAAGAAGCGCCUAAAAGCGUGGUAAAAGAUCAGUGAAAGCUCA